AUGAGGAGCCUACGCAACGGGCUUUUUGCCCGGAGAUCGUGGACCUGUACUCAAUGCAGAGGCUUGUCUUCUUCCGCCGGCGCAAACGUUCGCAAACCGAAGAACAAUCUUCCCGAUGGCCCGGCGCGAACGCGCUUUGCGCCCUCUCCGACCGGUUAUCUUCAUUUAGGAUCGCUACGGACUGCGCUGUUUAAUUACCUACUCGCCAAGCGAACUGGAGGUCAAUUCCUCUUGCGCAUUGAAGAUACGGAUCAGAAACGUACGAUUCCGGGAGCAGAGCAGCGACUCUACGAUGACCUCAGGUGGGCUGGAUUACAUUGGGAUGAAGGUCCUGUCGUUGGUGGCCCAUAUGGACCAUACAGACAAUCUGAGCGAACAGCCCUCUAUCGAACCCACGCCGACGAACUAAUCUCUAACGGCCAUGCCUACCGAUGCUUCUGCUCUUCCGAGCGCCUCGAUUCAUUCGCGCGUCACCGCAGCCAAGCCGGGCUCCCUUCCGGAUACGAUAGAAAAUGCGCGGACAUCUCCUCUGAAGAGUCCGAGGACAGAGCAUCCAAGGGCGAGUUACACGUCGUCCGGUUGAAGGUCGAAGGAUAUCCCAUGUUCCAUGACUUGGUAUAUGGCAAAACGGGACAGAACAAGACGAACAGCAGCAAAUUGGAUUUGAUUGAUCGAGUUUAUGAUGAUCCAAUUCUAUUGAAGUCCGAUGGACACCCCACAUAUCACUUGGCCAACGUGGUGGAUGACCACUGUAUGAAGAUUACUCACGUUAUCCGGGGAACGGAAUGGAUGCCCUCCACGCCAAUGCAUGUGGCAUUGUACAAUGCUUUCAAGUGGACACCACCACAAUUCGGCCAUGUUCCCUUGCUCGUCGACAAGAGCGGGCAGAAACUCAGCAAGCGGAAUGCAGACAUUGAUCUCUCCUCUUUCAAGGAUCAGCAGGGAAUCUUUGCUGCGACCUUGGUCAACUUUGCCGCGCUUUUGGGCUGGUCCCAUUCCCAGAAAUCCGAUGUCUUCAGCUUGGAGGAGCUUGAGCAGAUUUUCAACCUCAAGAUUACCCGUGGUAACACUGUCGUUGCAUUUGAGAAACUCUGGUUCCUGCAGAAGGCACACGCGCAGCGAUUCGCAGCAACUGGAGGCCUUCAAUUCGAUGAAAUGGUGAACAGAGUGUGCACUGUCGUUGAAGAUGGCUACUCUGUGGACAAGCUCUCUCCUAUACUCCAGGGCCGCGCCCUGUCAGAGUAUAUCGCACCUCUCCUUCGGGCCGACGCCAAAACAUAUACCACUGCUGAAGAAUUUACUCAGCGCAAUUCUACGUUCUUCACUACACAACUUGCCCGAGCUCCAUACACAUCAACCUCCUCUACCUCGACAGAAGCACCUACAGUUCCAAUGCAAGCGCUCCACACGGCAGCCGCGGCUCUUACUCUCGUACCGCCAGCUCACUGGACCAUUGAAACCCACCGCGCAAACAUCACCUCCUACGACGGCUCCGAUACUGUCACAAUCCCAGCUGAGACUGCGGAUGCGAUUAACCCUGACAAGAUCUUCAAGAAAGAACUAUACCAUUACCUCCGCUGGGCAUUGUCAGCUUCCGCGCCUGGCCCUGGUAUCCCUGAGAUCAUGACUAUUCUGGGACGGGAGGAAACGGUUCGUCGAAUUCAGGAUGCGAAGACUCUAACAAAGUCCCUUGUGCCGCAGACUGGAAGACGAGUCCCAAAGGGAGAGAAGAAGUUGCAAGAGGACCGGAGUUGGAUGGGGACUCUUGCUCCUCAGACAUGA